CGGGGGUGUCUGCUCUGUGCCGCCGGGGUUGGUGCUGGGUGCCUGAGCCUGUACUGGAACGCACAAGGGGCACUUAUACAUGAGCGCAAUGCCCAGGGGCUAUUAACCCUGUAAGGGAACCCAAUAGUCUUAGUGGGCUCAACUCGAGACCCCCAGGAAUAGAGAGAGCGCCAUGGCCUGUGGGAGCAGCUUGAGGAGUGUCGACAUGAACUCCAUCCCCCUCGUGGCACUAAAUUACAACGUCCGGCACAGGCUCUCCCUGUAUCUCAACCCUAAUGCCGUGGUGGCCGCUGGCUGGACUCAAUUGGCCGAGGAGAUGGGCUACGACUACCUGGAAAUCAAGAAUUUUGAGCGUUUCCCGGACUGCACCAUGAAGCUGCUGGAAGACUGGGAGAAGAAGUGCUUCCGGGCGACUGUGGGGGGGCUGCUGGAAAUGCUAAAGAAAAUGGAAAGAAACGAUAUCCUGACGGAUCUGGGGCCGCUCAUCGAGGCCGACUGCAUGAAGCACCUGGAGAAGAAGAACGCGCCGCUGCCAUUGCAAGAUGAUAAGGUGGACAGCAGCGAGCAAUACCGAAUUACCAAAAGCGACGAUCCUAGCGGGAGCCUGCCCGAGACGUUCGACGCCUUCAUCUGCUACUGCGCCCAGGAUAUCUCGUUUGUGCAGGAGAUGAUCAGUCGGCUGGAACAGACCGAUUAUAAACUCAAGCUGUGCGUCUUCGACAGGGACGUCCUCCCCGGAACCUGCUUGUGGUCCAUAACCAGCGAGCUCAUAGAGCAUCGGUGCCGAAAGAUGGUGGUGAUUAUAUCUGAUGAUUACCUGGACAGCAGCGAGUGUGACUUUCAGACCAAAUUUGCCCUGAGCCUCGGUCCAGGGGCUCGGGAGAAGCGGCUCAUUCCUGUCAAGUACAAACCGAUGAAGAGGCCAUUUCCCAGCAUCCUCCGCUUCAUCACUUUGUGCGACUACACAAACCCCUGCACCAAGGGCUGGUUCUGGGAGAGGCUCGCCAAGGCGUUGAGCCGCUAAAUUGGGCUCCCAUCAGCCCCAGAGUCCGUGCCAUAGGGAACAUAGCCAAUAGCCAAGGAGAUAUCCUGUAUAAAGCAUUAACCCCUUGCAGACUGGAGGAACUACAGAUGUUUAUGCAGGAUAAUAGAUUCCCCUGGAGACGAUAUCAUGAGAACUUUGCUCUCCCGCACAAGCACAGGGACCAAUAACGACUUCUACGAGACGCCAGUUAUACAUCCAAAUUGUUGCUUUAAUAUGGUUUUUUUUCUUUUUUAAAUAUACAGAAUCGGGAAAAGGGAGAUUUUUAUAAGAAAAACCGGCUACGCGAGAAUGCAAAUAAAAAAAUCAAGCUCUAUAUAUAUAUAUAUAAAUAUAAUAUAUCAGGCAGGGUGUGCCGCUGAGCGAGAGCCUCAUUACCUGCGGUGCGAGUGGGGCCUCUUUCCCAUUCACUUGUGAGAUGAUUGCGAUGAUGAUGAUGAUGGUGACGGUGGUGCAAUCUGCAUUUCUCUUGCGCCAUUAGGUGCACCCUGUUUUCAAGAAAGAUGAUUAAAAAUCUAUAUUUUUAUCUGUA